CUUUGUUAAUAUUUGUUGGCGCAGGUCUCUGUGCACAACCUAUAAAUUCGGCAUACCUAUUUAUAUUUUUUGUUAAAAAAAGAAUUAAGUAAAUAAAAAUGAAUGAUUUAAGUGAUAAAGUUGUUAUUGCGAAAAAUGCUUUAAUGUCGGCUCUAGGCGAUAAUGGUCAGAAAUAUUUAACUAAUAUGAAGCUUUGGUUCAGGCACAAAUGGUCUAAAGAACAGUUCGAUUAUGAAUCUCGAAAAUUUUUAUCUCCAGACAAAAUGCACUUGCACAAUCAAUUUCUUAUUGCAAUACUUAAUAAAAUAGACGCUUUCCAAAUGCCGCAGGAACCAAGCCCUACAAGUGGUGGCGGUCUUUCAAUAGGAGUUUCUGGUGCAACCUUGGGCACGACUAAUAGUAGUGGGAGCCGUAAAACCAAAAGAAAAAAAAGUUCUCGGGUAUCUAGUGAUAGAGUCACAUUUGAACCGUAUGAUUUCCUGGAUUUUAUUAUGGAAGACACAAUGAAAUUAAUACGGCCCGCGACAGGAACCGAAGCAAAUGUACAGAUUCUGCCAACCCAACGAUAUUGUGUUCAAGAGUUAUUUCUACCAGAUGCUGGAUUUAUUUUAGGCCGUUUUCUUAUUGGAGCAUGGGAAUCUGGUCUAGUCAAUGUAGAAGACAAUGUCGCAGAAUAUGUUGCAAUGGCAGUGCAAGUACUGCUAAAAAAUCUUAUAUCUGCAGUCAUUAUGAAAAAAGAACAUUAUAAAGUAACUGGAGAAGGCUCGUUCUACUACGAUGUUGGAGCAUCACUUAAAGAUCCGGCAGUACGUAACACUGUUACACGCCAAAAACAAGAUGACGGACCUUUAGAGCUAGAUAAAGAGAUAACAUCACCAAAUUUUAUGCGUAGAUCUAAUGAUGAUGUUACCUUUCUCUCCGCCUGUGAAGAAAUAUAUCCCAAAAAUAUGAAAGAAAUUACUCUUACAGAUUGCCAAAGGGCAUUUUCAGAUCGCAAUUUAAUACCCUCACAUUCAGUUUACGCAAUAAAUAUGGAAAGAUUAACACAAAUGAUGCACUAAAAUAUAUUUUUAUUGUUCAUUUUAUUAAAUAUGAAACAAAAUAUUAACAAUA